GCCAGAGAGCGCAGACGCUUUUAAUUUCCAUAUGUAGUUUUCUUUUUGCAGUAGCAGUUGCAUUCCAUAAUCUCACAUACAACACAAAGAACUCAAACACUCGCACGACCAUGCCGCCCAAGGCAACGAGCCUUCUAAGCAAGGCGAAAGCCACCUCCGCCGCAGCAGCUACUACACCCGCGAAAGCCAAAGCCGGCUCGACUCCAGCUGCGUCCGCUUCUGCGGGAAAUAAAAACAGCUAUGAAUCCUGGUUCCCGCUCCAAGACGCGAAAGCGAAACUAGAAGCGGAAAAGCUUUUCGGAAAAGACUCUGCAGACGGGGCGCACGAAGCAGAACCAGGUGACUCACUCACCUUACAUGACGUCUUCGAAAAAAGCUCGAAGCUCUUGACCGAGGAAAGCAGCACAGUGUUGAAAAACCUUUUCUCCGCGUAUUUGGCUGUGGAUGAUUUUACAACUUCCGCGAAGAAGACUAGCGGAAGUAGCGGGGAGGAUUUUUUACGACCCGUGGCGGAACAAAUCCAACUGCGUCAAAUCGCGGCCAUAGAUCCACUCGCCUUGAGCCUGUCGCAGUGUGCGAAACUGGAGGCGGUCAUGUUUGGAGGAGGUCGUGGUGCUGAUGAAGCCGUAGGAAGUGAGAAUGCAGCAACCAAAGCCGUUCUUCUUGCGGAGAAAAAGUUCUCCGAUUCGUUCGCCAGCCUUUUGAACCAAAUAAAAGGCACAGCGACCACUGCAGCGGGAGGUGCUGGAACAGCAUCUAGUGCAACUACGGCGAAAGCCGCCCGGCCACCUGCGCUUGCGAAGGCGAAAGCGGGUAGCAGUGCAGCUGCAUCAACAUCGGGGAACAAGACCACAGGAGCAGCGGCAGCCGGUGGAGCGGCCUCCAAUUCAACUACAAUGUCCGCAGAACAUCAAAUCCUCCCCUUACUUCUAUCCCUGAUUUACCAGGGUUUGGUCCUCCGAAAAACGGAUUUCACAACCAACCUGCUACCCAUGAUCGCACCAAAAUGCUCCACUUUCUCGGAGGUCUACGACUGUUUGGUCCAGGCGGAGCGGGGGGAGCAGCAUGUGAUUUGUUGUGUGAAGAACAGUAGCAGUUUGCUGCUGCAGCAACAGCUGAAACAGUUUGCAGCGUGCAUUGUGAGCGCGACAUCAUCGUCCGGUGGACGAGGACAAGAGCAGAAGCAGAACACAACUUGUGUCAUCGACGUGAACCAAGUCCUAGCGGAUUCCUUCUUGAAUCGGACGCAAGCUACGCUCGAGGGACUCCUGUUGUCGGUAAUCCAGCCUGUUUUGUCUGGUAAUGGCAGCUCUGCAGGAGACAGCACAACUGCGGCUCCAAACAACAUGAUUUUCGGCAGCAAGAAACUUUGCUUCCUCUGCGGCACGCUUGACGUGACGAGUGUUUUGGAAUAUUUCGGAGAAAUUUUACGGCAGAAAGGGCUGUUGGGGAUGUUGAACAAGGAUUCGAACAAGACGCAACUCAUCUUCUUCACGAUGGCACCAGCUAGUACAGCUUCGACUACUAGUACGGACAGUAACGGCGAUCCCUUCAUCCCUGAGGAUCAACUGGCGACGAUUCAUUUUGCCCCGGCGCAUAUUAACCUCUCACGACCAGGGCCAUUUGACGGCGCUAGCAACGACUCUUUCCACCUUGCCGCGCCAAGCUGCUUGUUUCGGGAACGGGAGCGGAAAAACAAACAGCAACUACAGGACGAAGGGAUCCGCAGCGGUAGUGCAGUUGCCCCGAAAAAAGAUGAUGAGCUUGACAAAGACCUGCAAAAUGACCUCACCCACGUUUUAAACCAGAGCGUCGCAUUUGAUUUCGCCGAAGAUUUUACAAAGUACAGCAUCACAGGAGAUAGCCCGAAUUCCACCUUCGCAUCGUCCAAAACGAGCAACGGCCCCACCUGGCUCCCCGGGCCAAAUUUCGAGGACGAACGGGGAAACAAGCUGAAACCAACUUUGAUCUCCGCGAAGAUCGUGAAACACCCGGUACAGUGCCCACAGAUCGCGAGUAUCCUGUGCAAAAGUGUCGUGCAGGCGUGCAUGAGAAGAUUCUUUUCUGAACUAUAUUUUAGCAUGACAAAUUUAGUUAUACAGUUUUGAUAAUGUUCAUCCCGUUAAAAUUUCUGAUGCGAUAACUUCAACUGCUCGUUACGGUUACUAUCAUGAUACUUUUGCAUAUGCAUAGCAACGCCCUGUCUGCAACUCGUUGGUGGCGCGGCGAAUUCGCAUUGCACGGGGUUGUAUGCACUGCAAAAGGAUCGUACAUUCCAAGUAUAAACGCAUUACAAAUUUCCUCAGCAUGAGAAAUGAAAUCUGUAAUGCGGUUUUCCCUUGAGAACAAGAUUUGUAUAAAUGAAUGACUGCAAUUACUAGUACGUUUACGAGUGCGAUAGUUUUGCAGUUCAUAGGUUGUAUCAUUGCUUUUUCGACGGCGAAAACAUUCGAGGCGGUGGACCACACGCAAGUGAAACUACAAGCUCAACAACAACCCAAACAAGUGACAGUGCUUCUGCUCUCCUCAUCCGUCCCAAUACGAUCGAAUUUACGUUCACGAUGCAAGGCAAAAUCGAGUUCCAAAAUGCCUGCGUCGUUUUCACGGAGAAGAAAAUCGAAAACCGAAUCCUUCCUGACGCGAGGGUUGGCGUGCAGUUCACCGUGACACGCGGCGGGUUGAUGAUUUGCGAAGAAAACAUGAACUCGGUGAACAUCCAAAACGACGGGAAGCUAUGAACUGCAAAGGUAUCGUACUCGUAUAAAUGCAUUACAAACAAGGUCAGGGCACGGGGGCGGGGGCCCCCGUGCAGCGACCUUCCCGCCCUUUGCAGGACGGGGCGCACGUCGUAGGACGGGGCGCCCUUUGCACGGACGUGGACAGCACACCAGAAAUUUCAAAACUUUGCGCUAUACUGAAAGCAAGGGCCCGGCCGCAGAGUCCCCACGCUGACCUAGGGCCUUGGCGCCUGGGCCGUACGGCUCCCGGGAGGCAUCGCGCGCGUCCAUCCAGCUGGCCCCUAGGUCAUGACGCGGGGACAGAGUCCCCGCGCUGACCUAGGGCUUUCGCCCCGGGGCCGUGUUCGGGAAGCGCUUCCUUGCAGCUGGCCCCUAGGUCAUGGCGCGGGGACAGAGUCCCCGCGCUGACCUAGGGCUUUUGCCCCGAGGCCGUGUUCGGGAAGCGCUUCCUUGCAGCUGGCCCGUUCCCGCGCUGACCUAGGACUUUUGCCCCGGGGCCGUGUUCGGGAAGCGCUUCCCUGCAGCUGGCCCCUAGGCCAUGGCGCGGGGACAGAGUCCCCGCGCUGACCUAGGGCUUUUGCCCCUGGGCCGCAGGCACGCUGCCCGGGAAGCGCUCAAAGCCCGUCCCUAGGUCAUGGCGCGGGGACAGAGCGGCCUCGCUGACCUAGGGCUUUUGCCCUUGGGCCGUGCGGUGUCCGGGCAGGCACGCAGGGCCCGUGACUAGGUAGCCCCUCCGUCAUGGGGCGACGCUCGUUGGGACAGGGCCCCCCCGUUGAUCUAGGGCUUUGGCGCCCGGGCCAUGGGGAUUUCCCUCCGGGACGGAUGCAGGCACCGAGAGCUCGCCCCCGGUCAUGGCGCGGGCGGACACGGGGUCCUCGCGUUGGCCUUGGGCACUUGCCCGGCCGGCCGCGGGCCUUGCCUGCGGUGCCCGGGAAGCGCUCCCUCCCAAAUGUUUUGACAUGGCGCCACCUUGGAGGCCCAUGCCCAGACGGGGGCGGGGCCGCCUACGGGGGUUCGGGACUUCCGCCUCCUGGAAUGUCUGCGCGCCCGCCGCUCUCUGUUCCUGCGUGUUUGCGCCCAGCGGGCCCACUCACUGUUGAUGUGCUUGGUCUGGAAUAAAAGCGGACGCGCCCGGCGUGCCUGCUUCCUUGGUCUACUGGCCUGGGUGGUGGCGCGUGUGCAUAGAAUAAAAGCAGCCCCCUGCGGCCUUUGCAGAAAAAUGCAGGGCCCAUAGAUACGCGCCCGCCUUGUUUCUCAGCCGGGCGCGCGCUUGUUUUGUUGUCGCAGAAAAGGCCCCCGCGUGGGGCUUGCUAGGUCGGCGCGCCCGGAAUGUCUAUGCACGGGGCACACCAGCAGCAAACACACCCCAAGGCACGGCGGCGAGUGGCUUCGCGGGAUCCACCCCCUCGAGUGGGCCUGCUUAUCUGUGUUGACACUCACUGGCCAUGCCGAUCGGAGUCGCGUCCGAAAGCGCCCGGGGUCGGUUCGGGGGUGUGUCCAGCUUUUUCCCCGAGGUGUGUUCGGGAGUGUGCCCCGGGGUGUGCCUGGCGGGUGUCGGGUGUGUGUGUGUGUGUCUGGGGUGUGUGUCGGGGGUGUGGGCCGGGGGUGUGCCUGGGGUGUGUCGGGGGUGUGUCUGGGGUGUGUCUGGGGUGUGUCCGGGGUGUGUUCGGGGUGUGGCCUGCAAAUUGCAAAUCACGAUGCUACGCAGCCACUUUGCAUGCCCCAGAACACACCCCAAAGCUUCAGCAGUUCUUGUCGGGGGGGUGUGUCGGGGAUGUGUCUGGGGUGUGUCGGGGGUGUGUCUGGGGUAUGUUUUGGGGUGUGGCCUGCAAAUUACGAAUCCCGAUGCUAGGCAGCCACUUUGCAUACCCCAGAACAUACCCCAAAGCUUCAAAAGUUCUGGUUUGCUGCAGUCUAAAUAGUAAUUUCCUCAGCGUCAGAAAUAAAGUUUGUAGUGCGGAUUUGCAUUCAGAAAAAGAUUUGUAAUGCAGAGGUUGCAUUUAUACGAAUACGAUACUUUUGCACAGGAUAGAAGCUGAAGAAUGACAAGUGGUGCAGCGUGAAGCUGCAGAUUGACUGGAAAUAUGCUCAUUUUUAAAACCGUCCCUACCGCCAGCACGCCCAGAGUUGUCAUGCGGAUUUGAAUUUGAUGCGAAAAGAAUCGCAGAAACGUUUGCACUAAAAUGCGCAUCCCCAUGAGGGGCAUCUUCAGUCGUGUUUUGGACUUUGUAAUGCUGUCACCAGGAUAAGGAGUUGGCUUUGUCAAAUGCGUGACUUGCAAAACUGCUGGAUUUGUGUUGCUAAGUUCCCAACUUGAUUCUGGGAUGGGGCGACGUCUUUCCUCAGCAUAGGAAAGAGAAAAAGAUCAUUCCGCAAGUGGAUUUAUCAAAUGGAAAUAUGUCUGGGUCUGGAUCUACGUUGCAAGACUUGUCAUGCAAGUUUCCCAUGCCCCGUGAGGUCUGGAAUGCGAGACCCAGCAUGACAGAUUCUUUUAGGUCUCUAUCGUGCCUUUCCUGCAUGAGAAACUGCCUCUCAGCUUGGUGAAAAGCGGACAGCUUCUGGUACUCACGCAACACAGAAGAUUUUUGCAUCUUUCUGAUUUAGCAUGACAAGUUGCAGUGUUUCAGAUGCAGACACAUUUGCCUUUGAUAGGAUUCCCAAAUGAAGGGGAAGUAUGCUCCGGCCAAGCAGAGCGUGGCGUUUCGGGACAAGCGGUGCAAUAUCAACUGCAGGAUUCUUCGUUCUGGUCUGCAAUAAAGGUGAUUGUUCCUGUUCGAUUCGUGUUUCUGAGUUAAGCAUGACAAUAUUUUUCUCCCGCUUGUUGUUAACCCUGAAUCAGCUGCAACACAACCCAUUGAAGCUGUGGUCCACCUCUGCCUCAUGCACAUGCUCAUUUUCACUGGAGACUGGCAUCACAAAUUAAGACUAAGACAAGAGGGAUAUUUACUUGCAAUGCAUAUGUAACGGCUUCGGGUACGUCUACCUGUACAACUGCGAGUCCUUGGCCACGUUCUGGUAUCCAGAGCCGCGAAAGUAUCGUGCAGCUGCAGUCUUUGUCCUGCAUAACAGACCAAGGCUUCUGUACUAAAAUCAGCAUGACAAAGUCAAAGUUUGACUAUUUUAAAAUCAGUCGAUUUGUUCAGUAGAAAAUUUGUCAUGCGACAAUUUAAUACAGCUACUAGCGUGAUAUUUUUCUACAUGCAUACCGGGCUGCAGAAAUUGCGGGUUGCAAACGAAUAUGGAUUGCAAAAGUGUCUGGGUCUGGAAGAUGAUUGCAACUUGUAAUGCUGGAUUUGGAUUCUACAAUAAAUCUGUAUUGCAUGAACGGCAAGAGAGGUCCAGUUUUUGUCAUGGCGAAAGCGCAUUUCUGAUGCGGUAUAGGCAUGAGGAAGCCCCCAUAAAUAAAUGUGUCAUGCUAGGGCAUGCAUCACAGACAUCAGGAGUCAUGCAAAAUGUGCAUGACAAACCUUGCAUCCUUCCAGACCCAGACACUUUUGCAUUUGAUAACAAAGUGGUCGCAACGGAUGGAGACGCGGACAACAAGUAUGCAGUGGAAAAGUGUCGCACUACUAGUACAAGUAGGCGCAUUGCAAAUUUUCUCAGCAUGACAAAUGGAACCUGUCAUGCUGAAUUCUCCUUGAGGAAAUCAAUUUGUCAUGCACUACUGCAAUUACCAUACUACGAGUACGUCGAUGCUUUUGCAGAGGAUAACAAAACUUUGCUGGCCAUGGAGGGAUUGGAUGCGAGAAAGUAUCGCAAGAAAAAACUGUUUCAUUGUAAACUUGUAAUGCAGAAAAUGCAUCGGAGAAGUGUUUCUCUUGCUACACAUGCAAGACAAGGAUUUUUAGCUAUGUUUUCCCUUAGGAGUCUCGCAUGGCAGAUUUUCUCUGUAAUGUAGAACAAACUUGUGAUGCAAAAAUUGGAAAAUCGUUACAGUGAAACAGUUUUUUCGUACGAUAGAAAGCAAAUGGAGGAUAACCUGCGGAAAAAAGAAGCGGAAAAGGCCGUGGAGAAUAUGGAAAAGGGAAAUAAGUUGUGACGACAAAACACUUACAGUAUCCUUCAUCCUCGUGACGAACUUUUCGUCUAUUAAGGAAAAGCUUUUCUCCUGCGGAAUGUUAAUGUAAAUGUUGCGCAUGAGGAUCAGCAGAAAGAGAUCUGUAGUUUUUUCGCGGCGGAGGAACAAGAUGGUUGUCACUAUCUAUUUUCGUCUUCUGCAUAGCACACGAUAUGAAGGUGGGGAUGAAGAUGGGUGGAUUUGCGAAAACAACUGGACAUGGGAUGAAUCUGGCGGAAGAACAGAACGCGAAUAUCAAAUUUUGAGGAGCUUCAAUUUAUUUCAAAGUAACGUACUCACUUCGUACGCUGAACAGCGUCUGCUAGUGCUACGAUGCCAACAUGCUGAAAGGAGAAAGGAGAACACGACAAACACAAAAGCAAAUAAGUGACUAAACUGCUUACCGCGAC